AUGUCCGGCGAGGCCAGCGCAACACCAGACGGGGCAUCGAACAACAACGAGCAGCUUGUCAUCUCCAUCGACCCGAAGCACCCAGCGAACCUAGUCCCGUCGCUGUGCGCCAAGUUCUGGACCCUGGGUUGGGUGACCGGUACCGGUGGUGGCGCUUCUAUCCGUGAUGGGGAUCUUGUGUACAUUGCGCCUUCUGGCGUGCAGAAGGAGUUGAUGAAGAACACGGAUAUUUACGUUAUGUCACUCGAGGCACAAGCCAAACUGGAAGCAGAACAGAAGGCAAACGGCACAUAUAACUUCUACCGACCGGAACGCACGUAUCUGCGGAGUCCCGUGAACCUGAAGCCGUCGCAGUGCACCCCGUUGUUUCUGGCCGCAUUCACGAAACGCAAGGCUGGCUGUUGCAUCCACACGCACAGCCAGUGGGCGGUGCUGGUGACGCUUCUGCUGGAGCAAGAUGGCCGGCAAGGCGGCAACGGGCGCGAGUUUUGUAUCAACAAUGUGGAGCAGAUCAAAGGCUUCCGCCGUGGCUACCAGAAGACAGGCAACAUGGGCUACCAUGACACCCUGCGCAUCCCUGUAAUCGAGAACACACCGCAAGAGGAGGAUCUGACUCCGUUCCUGGAGGAAGCGUUGGACGAGUACCCCGAUACAUACGCGGUGCUGGUGCGCCGGCAUGGUGUAUAUGUGUGGGGUGAUACGCCGGACAAGGCCAAGGUAGUGGCAGAGUGCUACGAUUACCUGUUCCAGCUGGCCGUUGAGAUGCGCAAGCUUGGGUUGCCGUGGAGCAAUCAGAGCGGCAACAAGGCCCAUGAGACCAAAGGCGGACGUCGUGACACGCAUGGCCUCGCCGCCGUUCUUGGAGGUGGUUGCAGAAGCAGUGGAGCCGGUGGCGGUGCCCGUGGCAGAGCCAGAACCAGAAGCAGCAGUCUUGUCGGGGCUGGAGCCAGUCUUGGAGCCAGCAGUACCAGUGGUGGUGGCAGUGCCGGUGGCAACAGCGCCAGAGCCAGCGGCGGCGUUGUUAGCAGCAAGGUCACCUUUGGACGCACAAAGCAGUACCGGGAACAAGCAGUGGACACAUACAGCAAUGCACUUGGCACGGCAGCUGACGUCGUCGGCGGCGCAGGCGUCCAAGCACUUGGUGAUAGUAGCCUGAACCGAGGACUGAGCAGCACCGGCACUGGACACAGCGGUGGUGGUGCCCGUGGUGGUGGACUGGGCAGAGGCGAAGGCAGCGAAGACGCCGACGAAGAGGGCAGCGGAGAAACGCAUGGUAGCGGUUGGUGUGGUUGA